CAGAAGUGUGCCCCGUUCUCCUAUGUUUAGCCGUAUGGAUGAGACACUGCCCCAUUUCGGUACGCCAGCAGUUCACCAUGCAUUGACAGCAAUAUUGUUCAGCCCGCCGAAACUGAAAAGUGUUUUCGGUGUUGUCAGCGUUCUCUGGGUUGAAAAUGCACGUCAUGGAAGCUUUUUGCAACAAGGUUGAGCAGGCCAGAAGCAAGACAAGACAAAUAGCGCAGAAUUUCAAAGCUGCGCUGCAUAAACGCCAGUCAAUAGUGCUUGAGCUUUACGACAAUUUGGAGACCAGCAGACGUGAGAGGCGGAGAUACUCAAAGGCCAUUGAAGAUGGAUUUGAAGACAUCGUAGAUUUAAUGCGGCGUUACCAGCUGAUGAUGGAAAAGAAGAAACUGGAUACGGAACAGUUGGCUGCCCUCGCCGCCAUCUGCGACGAGAAACAGAAACGGCUGGAACUGCACACCUUGGAAUUGCAUCUUCAUGACCUGCUGAAGGCGAGGACAUCAGGCUCGGAGUGUUUGAUGGACUUGGCCGUCAAAUGGGCAGGAUUGCAAGUCAUAUUAAUAUCUGGGCGUGGCUACCGGAUCUGCCUGACACUACUGGACCCACGCCAGCCUCAGCGCUGCUGCAGUCUUCUGCUGGGGCUUGACAGUGAGGGAAAAUACAGAGUGUCCGAGUGUGAGCCGACCCUAGCCAGCUUGGAUGGACUUCUGAAAGAGCUGAGGCAAACCUGCAACCUGUUACAGUUUGUGCGUCAUGUGCGACAGCAGUUCAAGAACCUCUUACUUGCACAUCCAGUGGAGCCCUCUGAUGAGCCAGCGCAGAUUGUUGAUGAGCACCAAGAAGCAGUGGCCAAGUGACGGGGAAACCCGGCAGCGCAACUCCAUCAAACCGCUCUCGCUACCAUGACCGCGCUGCGUAGAGCGACCCGUCAACACCCCCCUGCAAAAUAUGAUCCUGGCCCGCCCGCAGUGCUUGCUCAGACAGCCAAUCAGAGGCUCUUGUGCCCUCGUCAUGUAAGAUGGCGUAAGUGCGAGUUCUCUCGCUGCUUUUUGUGUUCAUUGUGUUUGCACCUUGUGGGCCUUCUCCCGCAGUGUUGCCGUGAUGAAGCAGCAGAAUUCUCCUUUCAUCGUGAAGCUCGAAAUCAUAAAUCGGGUCGAACGCAGUGAGAUGUGGAUGCCCUGCCGCCUGCAAGAUUCUGAGGAACACUCUUGGCACAAUCUUAAGGGGGAGAUUAGGGUAUGGUGUACUAGAAUAGGGCAGUGUGCCGUCCGGCAGUGAAAACGUGCUUCUUUUUGCGAUGACAGCUGGGGGGUGCUGAGCACGCCAGUCUGCUGCAGCUUGGAGUCAUUGCUGGCUAGAGGAAAAAUAAUGGUGCAGCACAGGGCCUCCGGGAUUGGUAGUUAUGGUUGUCGCAGAGGUCAUGCAUUUAUGUAUGGAGCUCGCUCAUUGCUUACUGCGGUUUUUCCUGCCGCGUUCGCACAUUCUUUAUGUGCACGGCGAGUGCUGGGUUUCUAAAUGUCUUAUUGUGCGUGUGCAUGUGUGUACAUUGAGGUUUCUGCAUAACGAUGAGAACUCUGGGCUGCUUCAGAUCGGGCACACUGAGAACAUUGGCUCUAUCCUUGCUCUUCGGCGCCGUUUUGCGGAGCAAGAUAUCCGAACGAUGGCGGCUGCAUUCGUCACAGAGCAG